AUGUCUGAAUUCAGCCAGUUAAUAGUCUGCUUGAGAAUCCUUGCCUGGAGGCUGGCCGGUCAGCAGGGGGCCCGGAGGCUGGCCGGUCAGUGGGAGGCCUGCAGGCUGGCCGGUCAGCGGGAGGCCUGGAGGCUGGCCGGUCAGCGGGGGGCCCGGAGGCUGGCCGGUCAGCCGGGGGCCCGGAGGCUGGCCGGUCAGCCGGGGGCCUGGAGGCAGGCCGGUCAGCCGGGGGCCCGGAGGCUGGCCGGUCAGCGGGGGGCCUGGAGGCAGGCCGGUCAGCCGGGGGCCUGGAGGCAGGCCGGUCAGCGGGGGGCCCGGAGGCUGGCCGGUCAGCGGGGGGCCCGGAGGCUGGCCGGUCAGCGGGGGGCCCGGAGGCUGGCCGGUCAGCGGGGGGCCCGGAGGCUGGCCGGUCAGCCGGGGGCCCGGAGGCUGGCCGGUCAGCCGGGGGCCCGGAGGCUGGCCGGUCAGCGGGGGGCCCGGAGGCUGGCCGGUCAGCGGGGGGCCCGGAGGCUGGCCGGUCAGCGGGGGGCCCGGAGGCUGGCCGGUCAGCGGGGGGCCUGGAGGCUGGCCGGUCAGCGGGAGGCCUGGAGAAAGAGCAGACAGGUCCUGAAGAAAUGCAAGUUAAAUAGGUCCUAA